GUUAAAGGCGGUUAAAGACGUUUAAAUGUAAAGUCCUUCAAUGACAUUAAUUUUCAAAGUUGGUAAAGCAAUGUACCGUAAAUACUUAUUGUACCACGGUACGGCUAAUAGUCCAACUGUUCAUUCAUGAAUCAUGAUAUACGCAUCCCACGAAUAUGCUUGUUCAUUUUCGGCGCUUAAUUACGUAAUUGUGAAUCGCCUUUGCCGUGCAUAUGAGUUUUUAUUGAUAUAUAAUAAGAUUAUGAUUUUUCACUUUAACAAGGCUGAACAAAGUCGAACAUACAAGAAUCAAGAUGGUUAAAAAUCGUGACACCGUUUUUCCAAUGAUUCAUUACCAAUUUUAAAAUUUUUACAUGUAAUUUUGGACAUUAAAAAAAACUUACUAAGUAAAUAAAUUUAUAGGCAAGUUUUUCGGAUGUCCGACGCUACUGCUAUGAAUCAAAUGAAUCUUUAAUGACAUUUUAACUCGUAUGAAUAGAAAACAUAACGGCUAUCGAAGUUACAGGUUCUAUAUACUUCUAAUGGUUUUUUGUCAGAAAUUGAACGCUAGUGUACAACGAGCCAUGUGUGCGUGAAUGUAUAUAGCAUACAGUAUAUAGCGUAGCGCACUCUAGCAGACGAAAAAAUGUUUCCAUCCCAUGCGACAUAAUUGUCUGUGUAUAACUUCGAGUAUUGUUGCACGAUGAAAUGCGAAAUUACGAAAUCAUCAUUAAAUUUACGAAAAUCAUCGGUGCAAGUUGUUUAGUAUCUCCGUGCAGCACAAAAUUGGUGCAAUUCAAAUUCUAAGCAGCAAUGUUCAUCAGGUGACAUAUGCCAUGAGGACUUUUCGCUGAUGCUUCGACUAAUUUCCGACACACGUAAAAAAAAUUGUAGCUACGAAUCAUGCUACUGUUCGGUCGAUUUUUACGUGCUGGCACAAUUUUGCACACGAGGCCUAGAAAUUUAGGUCCUGUUCUGCCCACAAAAUGUUAUGUACAAAUUUUCAUUGCACAGUCAUCACAGUUAUCCAGAAAAAAAAUUUUAAACCUCAAACAUAUCAAGAGAUUUUCUAGUAAUAAUAUCAAGACAAAGAUAAUUUCACCAGCGAAGCAGACUAAAUUUGUAAACAAAAAAAGUAUCAACGAGUUCAGAAGAUUGUUUCUACUUGCAAAACCAGAAAAAUGGAGAUUAUUAGGUGCAAUAGUUUUUUUGGUAAUAUCUUCAACAGUGACAAUGGCUGUGCCAUUUUGUUUGGGAAAAAUUAUUGACAUAAUUUAUACAAAUGACCACACAAAAACAAAAGAAAAUCUCAAUAAUGUUUGUCUUAUAUUGUUGGGGGUGUUUAUCUUUGGUGGUUUGUGUAAUUUUGCCAGAGUGUACUUGAUGACGACUACAGGACAUAAGAUAACUCAAGCAUUAAGAAAGAAAGCUUAUGGUGCUAUUUUAAGCCAAGAAACUGCUAUGUUUGAUAAAGUUAGCACCGGCGAGCUCGUUGGUAGACUUUCAGGUGAUGCACAGUUGGUCAGUUCAGCCAUUACAAGUAAUAUAUCUGAUGGACUUAGAUCAGGAAUAAUGACCACAGCUGGAAUUUCAAUGAUGUUUUAUGUUUCUCCACAAUUGGCCCUAGUAGGAUUAGCAAUAGUACCACCUGUUGCUGGUAUGGGUAUUUUGUACGGAAGAUUUGUUAGAAAAAUUUCAAAAGAUGUGCAAAAUAGUUUGGCAGUUUUAAAUACUACAGCAGAGGAAAAAAUUAGCAACAUCAGAACGGUGAAGGCGUUUGCUCAAGAAAAAAAUGAAAUUGAAAUUUAUCGUCGCAAGUUAAAACAUUUACUCGACCUAUGUUACAAAGAGAGCUUCUACAGGGGCGUGUUUUUUGGAAUGACCGGCCUAUCUGGAAAUGCCAUAAUUCUUUCGGUACUGUAUUACGGCGGAGCAAUGCUCUCGGACGCGACGAUCUCCGUUGGGAAUUUGAGUGCUUUUUUACUUUACGCCGCCUACGUCGGCAUUUCGAUGGGUGGUUUAUCGAGUUUUUAUUCAGAACUGAACAAGGCUUUAGGCGCCAGUACAAGGCUUUUUGAAUUGAUCGACAGACGGCCAAGCAUACCCAUCGAAGGUGGAAAAGUUAUAGAUUCAGGAUUAUCGGGCGAAAUUAUUUUCGAUAAAAUUAAUUUCACGUACCCAACGAGAAACGACACUAUGAUUCUCCAGGACUUUACUUUGAGCGUGCCGAAAAAUUCGAUCACGGCCGUGGUCGGAGCAUCUGGCUCGGGAAAAUCGACAUUGGCCGCGUUGCUGCUGAGACUGUACGACCCGUGCUCGGGAUCAGUGCUCUUGGACGGUGAGGAUUUGCGAUCUUUGGAUCCUUACUGGGUCAAAGGACAGAUGGGCUUCGUUUCUCAAGAGCCGAUACUCUUCAACGGGAGCAUUCGAGAAAACAUCGUUUACGGCAGCGACGAGGCCUCGGAGGCGGAUAUUCUGCAAGCCGCGAAGCAAGCCAACGUGCUGGAAUUCGUGGAAAAAAUGCCAGACGGACUCGAUACGUACGUCGGCGAGAGAGGCAUCACACUCAGUGGAGGUCAACGUCAGCGAGUUGCCAUUGCUCGCGCUCUUAUCAAGAAUCCGAAGAUUCUCAUCUUGGACGAGGCGACCAGCGCACUGGACGCCACGUCGGAGAAGCUGGUCCAAGAGGCCCUGGAGCGCGCCACAAAGGGACGGACAACGCUGACGAUAGCUCACCGAUUGAGCACGAUACGGAACGCCGACAAGAUCGCCGUCCUGGACGCGGGCAAAAUCAGCGAGAGCGGAAGCUACGACGAGCUCAUGUGCAUCGAGAACGGCCUGUUUCGGAAGCUCGUUCAGCACCAGACGUUCGGUUGAAGGGGGAAACGACAGACACGCGCGU